CAAGAGGGCAUACGAACAGUGUCCAAAUGGCCUGGAGCGUUCAUUGCAGCGUACAACCUGGGUGGUGUACGGCGUUCCACCACCCUGUUCUUUAAAGCCUCGAUGCGCCGCCGCUUUCAAGCCUCGAACUUAACCAAAACCUAAAUACGCGGAUGACACAGUAGACGGCAUCGCUCUAGUCUCCACCUACUUGGGAGACGGGAGCGGCACAGACUAGCGAACUAUGGAGCAGUCGGUGGAUUCCCCUCACGGCAGCCGCCUUUUCAUCGUCUGUGGCAAGAAUGUCGAGGCUGAGACGCUGCAAGUUGCGUUCCGGCCUUUCGGCAACGUCCAGAACGUCAAGGUCAUUCGGGAGAAGGGAGUUGCCUACGUCAAGUAUGACAAGGCUUCCUCCGCCGCUCUUGCAAUGGAGAACCUGAACGGGGCGGUGCUCAACAACGGUCGGGGCCCGAAGCUCAAGGUUCUGCUGGCGGAGGCCCCUAACACCUCGAGGGGCAUGCAACCUCCGAGGCCCGCUGAGCAGGAGAUCAGCUCGGACCCUGACAACAUUCCUCCUCGCUCGCGUCUUUUCAUUGUCGUCCCAAAGCAGGCGGAUCCGCAGCAGAUCAACGAUGCCAUGGCAGGUUAUGAUGGCAUCGAAUACUGCAAGACGGACCUUGUCGCUAGCAAGGGUGUCGUCUUCUGCAAGUUUACGAAGGCUUCGUAUGCCCUGCGCUCCCUGGAGGACGUGACAGCGCGCGGCACGGUGGGCCCGUACAAGGUGAAGUGCAUGCUUGCGGAGCCUAAGACCAAGCGCGGCCGGGGCGACGGAUCUCCGCAGGACAUGUUCUCCCCCUUGGCGCAGCCGGCGGCUAAGCUCGAGUACGGCAUCAACCCGCACCUGCAGCCCGACGCGACCCACAUGCAGCUGGACCUGCCCAUGGGACAUGCCCUGUCGCCUGGACCCAUCGGCGUGACGGACUACACCACCAUCUCCGGCCUGGGCGGCCUGGGUGGCUUGGGCAGCUUCAACCACCUGAACGACGCUGCCAACCUGGCGGCCAACAUGCAGUCGCACCUGUCGGCGCAGGUCGGCGCUCUGGGCUUCAACAUGGGCCUUGGCAGCCUGCACACCAAUAGCACCAGCGUGACGCCACACGACUCUCCCACGCUGAGCAAGCAGCGCCUGUUCGUCGUGGUGCACAAGAGCGUCACCCAGGACGUGCUGGCCCGCCUGUUCCGGAAGUUCAACGGCAUGGAGUACUGCGACCUGAAGAAGGACCCAGCCACCGGCCGCUCCAAGGGCUUCUGCUUUGUCAACUACUCGACCCCGGAGGCCGCCGCUGCCGCUAUUGCGCAGCUCAACGGCAUUGAGUUUCCCGCGCACUCCAACCAGCGGCUCAAGGUCAUGUACGCGGAGCAGCUGGGCGUGCGCAACAACAACAACAUGGCCGGCUCCGCCUCGCACCACUCGCACCACAGCAGCCACCAUGCGGCUGCCGCCGCGGCGCACGCCCAGGGCGCUCGCAGCCCCAUGGCUAUGUCCCUGCAGGCCAGCACCCCCAGCCCGGUCCACACGCCGCUGUCGCCAGCCGUGAACCUGUCGCCGGACGUCAACGUGAACGUGGCGUCGGUGCAGGAGACGCUGGCCAACAUGUCGAUGCCGCGUGUGGCGUCCGCGAACGGGGUGGAGGAGCUGGAGGCGGCGCGCCGCAUGGCUUCGCCCAUCUCGAGUGGUACGGCCCAAUCGGCGGGCGUCGUGAGAACCAUGGCGGGUGCGGGUGGGUCUCCUUCGCUAGGUUCUCCAUGGGACCCCACGUCGCCGUAGCACAGCUAGGGAAUGCCUAAUCAGGCUUUGGAAAGGGCUGGGCAGGGCAGAGGGAGGCAAAAAGAGAGUCCUGUGCUGAUAGUAAGCCCUUAGCCUUAGCACCUGUAUUAGAAAGCACUCGAGUAAUGUGUGUGUGCUUCAGCUCCACAACAAUGCGCACCUCGAGGCGAUGUACACACUCGUGGGUGCGCAUCCACCACCAAGAGUGAAGUCCGCUGCUGGUUGCUUGUUUUGGGCUUGGGGUGCGUGCGUGCGUCCGUCCAUGCAUUGUUGUCGCCGAGGCGCGUGUUGUGACGCGCGCAAGCGCUCGCUGCUUCGUUGCAGCGAUUGGCUGCGUCGUCGUCGCGUCUCUCGUACGUCCCCUUCGUACGUGCCGUGUGUUCGUGUCCAUGUUGCUGUCGUGUAUCACAUUGAUGUCUUGCCCGGCAAUUGCGGUGUGCUGCCUCCGUUGUAUCGUCUACUUUCUAAUUCAUGAAACUUCAUUCCGACGCCGUGCUUCUCUCUUCUGCUUCCGCCACUCUGCUGCUGCAGUGGCUCGGGAGCUGAUGUUCAACGUGGCAGCAUGAGAGGGAGGCAGGCAGGCAGGAGUGCCCUAGUCAGGAGUACCCCCGACCAGCGCGCCCUCCUUGUUGCCUAACAGUCACAGUCGUCGUUCCACCUGAAGUCAGGUGUCUAUGGAGUCAGUUAUGAUGAAGGUUUCGGAGGGCUUCAUAGUCGGCCCCGUAGAGUUUCUGGUCGUCAGUUGUCAGGAGCAGGACGUAGAAGAGCAGGCGCCGCCGCGUGAGCCGAAGUAGCAAAGCGGUAUGCUGUGUUGAGGUAUGGUGUCGCCUUACAGCGCUGGUUGUCAGAAAGUGCUUGAGAAGAUGAUUAGGGAUGUGCCCGAUUGUAGUGUAGCUGGCGGGGGAGGGCAGGCGGGCUGGUAUGAUGUGCCCUCCUUUCCACCUGCGGCUCUGUAGUUUGGCUCUUAGCAGGACAGGAAGAUGCAGUAGGAAGGAGGGAGCUUUUUUGAUCCUCUCCAGCAGAUUUGCAGGAAGUUAGGCGAUUCGUGCGCAAUUGCCGUGUGUGUUGUCGUGGCCUCACCGCCGGGUAUGGUGUGUGGAUACAUUGGUUGCGAGGGGCAAAAAGGUUACAGCAGCUGUGUGCCCUCGUAUCUCAUGGUGCGUUUGCAGGAUGUCGUUAGCACAGGAUCACCGCAUGGGCAUCGCACUCCGCCCCGCUCCCUUACAGGGGUUUGUGAGUUGCGACUGUCUGGGACUAAAAUAGGGCGCAGCAGUUUAUAGGUCUAGAGGUUUAGCAUGUGUGAGCGUGUGUGUGUGCCAUAAAAAAAGGUAGUUUUGCGCCGCUUGCUUGGUUUUCUAUAGGAUAGGCCUUACUUGCUGGACCUUUCCGUAGGCGUUAGAAAGCACCAAAUCACUAUAAUUGACCCCAUUGCCCUUUCAGAUAAAAAUUAAAGAUUAUACCAGGCGAGGCAGGUGCAGGUGUCAGGCAGGCAGGUUGACGAUGUUUUUUGGUCUGGUCCGCUGACUGUUUGGGUUCCUCUUGGCCCAGUGCCUUGCCGUUUGUGAAUUGGGGCGGCGGCCUUCCACCACACCAUCCUUACAACGGCGGGAAGGGGCCGCUCCACUAGGGGCACAUAAUAUGGAUGGUAACCGAGGGGGACUUGGUUGACUUGGUUUUAGCCGACCACGAAGACCACCCCUUUGCUAUGGUGGCUUUGGUUUCAUGUGUGGUGUUUCGUGCACCGCUAGUUCGGAUCCGCAUCUUUGAUGAUAGCGAGAGAGGUAUUUGAGAGAAAACAAUGAUGGUCGACCGAUACCGCCGCAAUGAUGGGAUUCGGGAGGCUGUUGCACGUUGUGGCGAUUAAGCCCCGCGCAUAGAGCUGUAGGCGAGCUGUGCCCGUUUGCCUUCAUGGUCCGGGCUUUGCCUUGUGUAAGACUGAGAGCAU